AUGGAUUUUUCAAUUACUUUUACUUCGCUUAUUUCUGAUGCUACUUUCGCUGCUACUCGUGCUUCUCCAUCCCACGCCAACUUUUCUCCUGUUGAUAAUUUACAACCAGUUGAAACUUCUUCAAAUGUCUGUCUUGCUGGUAUCCAAAUCAGCCGGCCAUCAGCUAUCCUUCGACCCCGUAAUUCAUUCCGUCUGGCAGCUUCAAUUUCGGACCCUCCUAGUUGGACACAGGCUGGCCUUGCGCACACUCUAGAGUCACUCGCUAUCGAUGUUUGUUGCCUUUCAGAGACUCGAUCACAGGAUCCCAGUACCGUGGUUAAGUUUCUGUCCCCAGCUGCUCCUGAGGCCACAUGUUACCUACGUCUGUCUAGUGACAUGGAGGCAGCAGCAGCCGGCUUAGCUGGUGUCGGUAUCACAUUGAGUGACAAAGGGGAGGCUGCAUUACUCAACUGGUUUCUAAUCAACAGCCGGCUAUGUGCGGUUCGGCUUCAAGGCUCAUGUGGAAUCAACAGACAUCGUGAUGAUACUGCUAAUGACUGCUGGUUUAAGUGUCAUAACACAGUUGGGAAACAGGUUUCAACAGAGGGCACCUGUGUUGUA